GAGCGCGCUCCCUCUCCUUGCAGGGUUGCCUGUUCCCUCUUCCCGGCCUGCAUCCACUCACCUGGCCUUAAUUGCUCCUUAGGGCUCCAAGUCAUCUCCGACACUUACCCAACCCAAGGGUGCACGUGGAGCUCGCAGUGCGCACCUCCCUAGCGGCCCUUCGCACGGCUCGGGUUUUGCUUUCCGUAAUUUUAUUCUCCUUCCUUAGUGUACCGCCAGUGCUAGGACGACGCCGGGGAUUUUUAACUUAGUAAAUGUUUGUUGAUGGAAUAGUCCUAACUCAGGACUCUCGGAGCAAUUAGUAGUGCUGUCAGUUUCAGCCCCUCGUUUCCUUUCCCAGGUUAUUUGUGAUUUCAUACUUGAAACGGAUGACGUGUCUGUCAGAUAUACUGUAUAUUUUUUGUUCGUUUGGUUUCAGAAAGCCAAUUCGAUGUUAAAUUAGGUCUCACAAAAAUUGUACUCAGAAACCCGUCACAUAUCCCAGAUGAUUUUGUUUUAGAGACUCACGGUCUAAUAUCUGCCAGAGUGAGCUGUGGAUAUAUUAGACACGAUUUGCUUACCUUCAGUCUAUGCAUUUUGAGGAAAUUCUAGUGGCUGGUGGAGUUUCUGACUUGGAAGACAAGUCCACGGUUCCAUAUGGAAAGUUUUUUGGUGCACUCACUUUAAAGGCUAUAAAUAUGUACAAGAUACGUGCCAGGGGGUGAGGAUGGGAUAAACCGAAGUUUAGGUUCAGUAUGGAAAAUGGGUGAUUCUUAUGUUGUGAUGAUGACAGCCUCUUCAUCUAUGACUGCAGUGCUGCAGAAAAGAAGUCACAAGAAAAUAAAGGGGAGGACGCGCCCUUGGACCAGGGGAGCGGUGUGAUUCUGGCGUCCACCUUCUCCAAGUCUGGCAGCUAUUUUGCUUUAACCGAUGACAGUAAGCGUCUGAUUCUUUUCCGUACAAAACCAUGGCAAUGUCUGAGUGUCAGGACCGUGGCAAGGAGGUGUACAGCCCUGACCUUCAUAGCCUCGGAGGAGAAGGUCUUGGUGGCCGACAAGUCUGGAGACGUCUACUCCUUUUCGGUGCUGGAGCCACAUGGGUGUGGCCGUCUAGAGCUGGGGCACCUGUCUAUGCUGUUAGAUGUGGCUGUGAGUGCUGAUGACCGCUUCAUCCUCACUGCCGACCGGGACGAGAAGAUCCGAGUCAGCUGGGCCGCGGCGCCCCAUAGCAUCGAGUCCUUCUGCUUGGGGCACACAGAGUUUGUGAGCCGCAUCUUCGUGGUGCCAACUCAGCCCGGGCUGCUUCUGUCCUCCUCUGGGGACGGCACCCUGAGGCUCUGGGAGUACAGGAGCGGCCGCCAGCUGCACUGCUGUCACCUGGCCAGUCUGCAGGAGCUGGUGGACCCCCAGGCCCCCCAGAGGUUUGCCGCAUCCAGGAUUGCGUUCUGGUGCCAGGAGAACUGCGUGGCGCUCCUGUGCGACGGCACUCCUGUGGUCUACAUCUUCCAGCUGGACGCCCGCAGACAGCAGUUGGUGUACAGGCAGCAGCUGGCGUUCCAGCACCAAGUGUGGGACAUGGCUUUCGAGGAGACCCAGGGGCUGUGGGUGCUCCAGGACUGCCAGGAAGCCCCCCUGGUGCUCUACAGGCCUAUGGGCGACCAGUGGCAGUCUGUUCCUGAGAGCGCCGUGUUAAAGAAAGUCUCUGGUGUUCUUCGUGGGAACUGGGCCAUGCUGGAAGGCUCUGCCGGCGCAGACGCCAGCUUCAGCAGUCUCUACAAGGCCACGUUCGACAACAUGACCUCCUACCUGAAGAAGAAAGAGGAGAGACUGCAGCAGCAGCUAGAGAAGAAGCAGCGGCGCCGGAGUCCCCCGCCUGGGCCCAACGGGCAUGCCAAGAAGAUGAGGCCGGGGGAGGCGACGUUAAGUUGCUGAUCGUGGCGGUCAGUGGUGCCUCUCACCUCAAAUUAGGAAAAGCUUUUUAACUUGUUCCCCUGCAUCCUGGCAUGUCCCUUUAAGAAGGAAAAGGUGACGUCAGUUGUGACCAGCUCAGAGGACGGGGCUGUCCCCUGGGCUCUAGAAAGAACAUUCUGUGUCACCAGCACAGGCUCUUGCUGGGUGCCUGUGCCCCCUUUCUGGUUGAAGGGAAGCCAGACCAGUGGAGUGGAAGCUCUUGAAGCACUUUCUUUUCAUGUUGGAGGCUGCGUGUGAGCCGGUGGUGGCGGCAGCUGUCUGUUUCUCCUGUUCUCAUACCGCCCUUCGUGUCCGCUGCGUCUUCCUCUAGGAGCAUCUGUGGGCAGACGUUUCUAGCAUGGUGGAUGUUGUCGUGUUGUUCCGCCGUCUCAGCAUCCAGGUGACGUGCUGUCCCGCAGUAGCUGCUCACCACCCAGGCUGUUGAAACUCAGCACGAAUGCUUCAGCCCGCCCCAGCCCCAGCCAUAGCCCUUGUGCUCAGGAGCUGCUCCUGGAGAGAGGCUCCCUUGUGGGAAGUGAGAAACACGUUGCGGAGUCGCAGGGAGCUCUGUCUGGCAUCGGUGGCGCAGACGGUGAACUUGUUUCAGGAAGUGUGAGCACGGGCCUGGCUGGCAUCCGGUUUACAGGGAGGUGAUUGAGGACGUCGUUAUGAUUUGAUUUGACCUUGGCACACACUGCAGAGCCACAGGGAUGUUGCUGAAUUUCAAUCACCGAUCAGCAAGGAUGAACCUUCGCAACUUCCUAGGAAUGUUUAGCAGCAACCUAAUAUACCAGGCAAAACUCCUUGGUGCCUGUGCUGUGUGUGAGUGAGGUGCGCGCCGCGUGGUCGUGCGCUGUGUGUGUGUGAGGUGCGCGCCGCGUGAUCGUGCGCUGUGUGUGAGUGAGGUGCGCGCCGCGUGGUCGUGCGCUGUGUGUGUGUGAGGUGCGCGCCGCGUGGUCGUGCGCUGUGUGUGAGUGAGGUGCGCGCCGCGUGGUCGUGCGCUGUGUGUGAGUGAGGUGCGCGCCGCGUGGUCGUGCGCUGUGUGUGUGUGAGGUGCGCGCCGCGUGGUCGUGCGCUGUGUGUGUGUGAGGUGCGCGCCGCGUGGUCGUGCGCUGUGUGUGUGUGAGGUGCGCGCCGCGUGGUCGUGCGCUGUGUGAGUGAGGUGCGCGCCGCGUGGUCGUGCGCUGUGUGUGAGUGAGGUGCGCGCCGCGUGGUCGUGCGCUGUGUGUGUGUGAGGUGCGCGCCGCGUGGUCGUGCGCUGUGAGGUGCGCACAGCGUGAUCGUGAGCUGUGUGUGAGGUGCGCGCCGCGUGGUCGUGCGCUGUGUGUGAGGUGUGCGCCGCGUGGUCGUGCGCUGAGUGAGGUGCGCGCCGCGUGAUCGUGCGCUGUGUGUGAGGUGUGCGCUGUGUGAUUGUGUGCUGUGUGUGAGGUGUGCGCCGCGUGAUUUGGGAAGAGGCUUCUGCAAUGGGCAGGCUUCUGGGUACAUCACUUACUUCGUUCAGGCCGGCUCCUACCUGCUGUCCAGUGAUGAAGUCUCCACACAGGAACAGGUUCAUGCUGGCGAUGACUUUGAUGUGGGCUAUCGCUGGGUACUCAGAAUCCUUUUGUGUAUCAAAAGCUGGAAUGCUUCAAAUUUUUCGUAAGUGCCUUGUUUUCCUUUUAACAUUGAUCUGGAAACAGUGCUGUCUGCAAAGCUGAGGCCCACUCCUCUCUGCUGGGGAUCAGGGGUUUCAGAAGGCAGGGGUCACGCUGGGCCACUGUCCUGUACAAGCAGCCUGGCCUCCUUCACGCUGCCAGGGCAUCUGGCGCAGGGCAUGCUUUCUCGUUCAUAGUGUGCUUUGAAAGUCUUGGUUUUAGGAGAGGUUCAGGUUGGUCUUGCUGGCAUCUUCACCUAAAAUAGGGUCUGGCAGACAGGCCUAUGCGCUGCAUCCUGCCCACGGCCUGAUAGAUGGCCUGUGAAUGGCUUUUUUACAUUUUAAAAAUGGUUGAAAACAAAAAUAUAUUUCAUGACAUGAAAAUCAUGAAAUUCACAUUUCAUUGUCUGAGAAUAAACUUAUGGAUGCAGCCAUUCCUGUCUGUCCACGUCUCAUCUGUGUCUGCUUUGUGCUAUGGCUGCAGAGUGGAGUGGCUGGGACUGAGACAGAACGGCCUCCUCACAGGACUGUGUCUCUCCACCAGGACUGCGGGGCUACUCUGAGGCUCUGCUUCCUCCCCAGCCGGGUUGGCUUCCUGCUAUUCCUCAGCAUCCUGCCUUGGUCCUGAGUUGGUCCCUCUGCCAAUAGCCGUUUCUGUGUCUCAGUGGAUGGCGCAGCUGCCUUCUUGCUGGUACCUUGACUGAUAGACUGGUUCCUGUUCACCUGCCCGAAGUCAUCCCAGAAAUACCUCUUACAGUUACAUGGGUUGAACCCAGCUCCGCGUGUAUUUAGAGUUUUGUCUCUGGCCCCUUCACCCAGAACAGCAGCACCCACCGCCUUCCUGUCCCCCGUGACUGCCUCGCAGCUGGGUCUGUUCUGUGAGACGUCGCCACCCUGUUUGCCAUCUGGGAGGAUCUCACUCCUUCAAUUUCAUCUGCUCUCUUCCGUUAUUUUUUUAGUUUCUAUGUAUUUUACUUUUGGGACAUUCCUUGGACUUUGUUCUACCUCUUUAAUUGAUGAAGAAAAUUUGGUCAUUGUAUCUGGUUAUUUUUUUUUUGAGACAGAGUCUUGCUCUGUUGCCCAGGCUGGAGUGCGGUGGCACAAUCUCGGCUCACUGCAACCUCCACCUCACUGCAACCUCCGCCUCCCGGGUUCAAGCGAUUCUCCUACCUCAGCCUCCUAAGUAGCUGGGAUUACAGGCGCCCGCCACCACGCCUGGCUAAUUUUUGUAUUUUUAGUAGAGAUGGGGUUUUGCCAUGUUUGCCAGGCUGGCCUCCAACUCCUGACCUCAGGUGAUCCUCUCGCCUCGCACUCCCAAAGUGCUGGGAUUAUAGGUGUCAGCCACUGCACCCAAUCUAUUGUAUUUAAUUCUAAGCACUUUCUUCCAGACGGUCUCACUCUGUCACCCAGGCUGAAGUGCAGUGGUGUGAUCUCAGCUCACAGCAGCCUCAACCUCCCAGGCUCAAGCAGUCCUCCCACCUUGGCCUCCCAGAGUGCUGGGAUUACAGGCACGAGCCAUUAUGCCCAGCCCGUCUUUCUUCAUUUUGAUUACAGUGUGCGUACUGUACAUCCGAAAAGUGCAUGUGAAAUGCUGGAACUGGGAUUUCAGCAACUGAAUGCAGUGUGUGACUACCCACGAGAAGCAGGACACUUAGCACCUGCUGAGAAGCCCGCACGCCCAUGUUCCCUCCUAGGCACUGCACACGCAUGCUGGCCGGCCUGACCUCAGUUUCCCUCUUGCUGUGGCUGCUUCUGCUCCACUCUCUGUGAGGCUCAUCCACCUUGUUGCCUGUGGUUGUGGAUUGUUCAUUCUCAGUGCUAUGUAUGCCAAGUACUCCAUUGUGUGAAAAUUCCACAGUGCGUUCGUUCUAUUAUCGAUGGGCAUUUGGGUAGUUUCCACAGUUUGGCUGUUAGGAAUAGUGCAGUGAUGAACAUGCUGGCACCUGUCUUCUGUUUUUUUUUUAUUUUUAGAGACAGGGUCUUGCUCUGUUACCCAGGCUGGAGUACAGUGGUGUGACCUUGGCUCACUGGGCCUCCUGGGCUCAAGCGAUCCUCCCACCUCAGUCUCCUGAGUAGCUGGGACUGCAGGUGUGUGCCUGCAUGCUGGCUAAUUUUUGUAGUUUUUGUAGAGAUGGUGUCUUGCUCUGCUUCGCAGGCUGGUCUCGAACUUUUGGCCUCAAGCAGUCCUCCUGCCUUAGUUUCCCAAAGCACUGGGAUUACAGGUGUGAGCCACUGCCCCCGGCCAGCACCCAUCUUCUGGAACAUUGUAAGCAUUUCUGUUGGGUGUGUACUUGCGUGUGGAAUUGCUGGCUCUCAGUUAUGCACAUUUCUUGGAAGAUCCUGCCAGUCCUUCAUCCCAGACCCCGACCCCAGCGUGGAAAACGCAGUGCAUCCUCACGCCUAGUGUUUGCGGCUGUGGCGGCUCAUGAUCGACUUGGAAGGCCCAUAGUGUGUGGUGUGGAGUUUUGCAGGGAGCCAGUGACACUGCCCACCUUUGAUCCAGACCUAACCUUGAUCCUGUUCUCUGAGGCCACCUUACCAAAACCUUGACUUACCCGUCUUAGAUCACUUACCCUGGGGGAAAUGUGCCGCAAGCUCACGAGGGCACUCAGCCAGCCUAUAAAGUUUACCAUGGCAGAGAACUGAGGCCUCCUGCCAGCAGCCAGCAGCAGCUGACCAGCCGCGAGGGCCCCUCCGGGAAGGAGAGCUUUCUGUGUUUCUUCCUGUACCCCAUAUAUGUUGACGUGAUACGUUUUACUUUCUGAUUUCCCUUGCGAGAUCUUUGGUCUGUGGGUUAUUUGGAAGUAUGGUUUAAUUUCCAAACAUUUAGGGUUUUCCUCCAGAUUUUGUUGUUGUUUCUGGUUUCUGGUUUUAAUUCCAUUGUGGUCUCAGAAUAUACUUUGCUGACUUCCCUCUCUUUAGAUUUGUUGAGCCCUGUUUUGUGCUUCACAGUGGGAGGGUGAUUGUAUGUGCACGUGCAGAUAUGUGUGGCCCCCACACGGUGUCUCCAGCUAUCCCUGUCUUGCCUCUCCGUGCCCAGUGCACCCUUCUCAGCCCUGCCGUGUGACCCUGGGCAGGGCCCUCCCUCUACCCUCCUUUGCAGGUUGGCACAGUGUUUGGCUCUGUCACUGGAAGGAGCUGGAGGGACUCCACAGGAGGGAGGGGUCUGCCCUCCUGGUUCCAGUGUGCUUGCUUUUCCUGGCUUCCGUGGUGUGUGCCUGCCAGCCUCAUGGUGGGGGCGGGGGCUCUCAGUGACAGUCUCCAGGAGUUUAGCGACACCCAGGUUCAUUCACCACGGUGGGAAGGAUUCCUGCUAAGCUUCCUUGCCUCUGUCCAGCUCCCAGGGCGUCUGCCUCCCUCCUGCCCCAGGGAGUCUGCCUCCCUCCUGCCCCAGGGAGAGCUUCUGGGUGAGUCUCGCUGGCACUCCCGCCCCGGGCUUCCUGCUCUCAGGCCUUGGCCUGCUGCACCUCGGCCAACUGCACCACCCGGCACGUCAUAGCCUCCCUCAGUUCAGAGCUGCGUCUCAGCCGACGUGGGGUUCCGAGGUUCUCACCGAGAUCCAGACUCAAUGCUUGUGGGUUUGUUGUCUCAGUCCUGGCGGUGGAGGUUCUCCCGAGGCCUCAGCGCCUCUGUGCUCAGAAGUCUCUUUACAUGUUAGUGGAACCCUCUGUUCCUGUUGAAUCGUUCUUCGUGUUAAAUGUUUCCAUCUCUUGACUGAUACAUGACAGUCAUCAUGUAUGUAUUCUGCGGCUGCUUUUGAUUUUUUCUCUUUAUCCCUGGUUUUCUGUAAUUUGAUAAGCUUUAGGGUAUGUGUGUGUGUUUUGGGGGUUUGUCAAGAUUUGUAGGCUUUGUCAUUUUUAUGCAAUUUGGAAAUAUUCUAGCUAUUCACAGUCUCUUCCCCUGCCUCCUGCAGUCCCAGGUACUCAAAUGGGCUGCUUGCUGUGGACUCAUGGGUCCGUGAGUCUGCUCAUCUUCUUCAGUUUGCGUUUCAUUUUUGGUAGAUUCUGUUUCCACGUCUUCAAGCCCACUGAUCGUUUAAGCUGCUGUUAAGCUAUGGCCAUUUUCUGUAGGAGCCAUUGUGUUUUUUCAUCUCUGUAAAUUUGGUUUUGGUAUUUUAAAAAAUGUCUUCCAGCUAGGCUGGCGGCUCACACCUGUGAUCCCAACACUUUGGGAAGUUGAGGCAGGGGGAUUGCUUGAGCCCAGGAGUUUGAGACUAGCCUGGGCAAUACAGGGAGACCUCAUCUUUAAAAAUAAUUAAAAAGGUCAGGUGCGGUGGCUCACACCGGUAAUCCCAGCACUUUGGGAGGACAGCGGAUCACAAGUUCAGGAGUUUGAGACCAGCUUGGCCAAUAUGGUGAAACCCUGUCUCUACUAAAAAUAUAAAAAAUUAGCUGGGCACAUGCCUGUUGUCCCAGUUAUUUGAGAGGCUAAAGCAGGAGAAUCGCUGCCAAUAUGGUGAAACCCUGUCUCUACUAAAAAUAUAAAAAAUUAGCUGGGCGCAUGCCUGUUGUCCCAGUUAUUUGAGAGGCUAAAGCAGGAGAAUCGCUUGAACCUGGGAGGCAGAGGUUGCAGUGAGCCGAGAUCGCGCCACUGUACUCCAGCCUGGGCGACAGAGCAAGAAUCUGUCUAAAAAAAAAAAAAAAAAUUAGCCAGGUGUGGUGGCACAUGCCUGUAGUCCCAGCUGCUCGGGAGGCUGAGGUGGGAGGAUCACUUGAGCCUGGGAGUUUGAGGCUGCAGCAAGCCGUGAUUGCACUACUGCAUUCCAGCCUGGGUGACAGAGUGACGGUCUCAAAAAAACAAACAAACAAAAAAGCACACCAGUGUCUUCCAUUUCUCUUUUAAUCAUAAUCAUGCUUUAAAAAAUACCCUCCAGCAUAUGGAGCAAAUUUAAGAUAAUUGUUCCUUUUCUGCUAAUUCAUUAUUACUGUCAUAUCUAGGUCUUGUUUCUUCGACUGUGGACCACUUGCGUGUGAUCUGUCGGCCGACGAUGAGCUUGUUGGGAUGUAGCUCCAUCGUAAGUCGAGGAGCAUCUGUGAUUUGUCCUCUGCUUAUGGGAUAUGUUUUUCUGUUACUGAGUCUGUCUAGUAAAUUUUUGACUAGGAACACGUGA